GGGGCCAUACCUUAUGCCCACCAUAAAACAUCAUGCGUGGAGAAGAACUGUCGAACUUCGGCCAAUCUGCUUCUGACAUGGACCGGGAGCUUGCAGCUCGCCGUGAUUCAUAAAGUCGAGGCCAUUCCCCUUGACGGACUUUGGACUUUGCCCUGAGCAGCAGCUGCAAUCUGAAAUCAUCGUAUAGCCGACUGUCAGCAUCAUGGUCUCUCGAAGCAUCCUCGCACUCUGCCUUGCGGCAACCGUCUAUGGUCACGGCGACCAUGACGACCCUCAGAAGUCCAUGUCCGGACCUCACCAGUCUCUCUGGUAUAACACGAUUCCUGGUGACGGUGGCACUCAGGCCGACUCUGUAUUCUCGGGCAUUUCCACCUUUGGUCGCCUGCCGUACCAGCCGUGCCUCGGCGCGAAGAAUGUUAAGUACGACAUUGCUUUCAUUGGUGCCCCCUUUGACACUGGUACUUCAUACCGCCCUGGUGCUCGCUUUGGCCCGUCAGGAAUUCGCCAGGGCUCACGCCGUCUGAACCUCUACGGAGGUUACAAUGUGCCAUUGGCCACCAACCCGUUCAACAGUUGGGCCACCGUCCUUGACUGCGGAGACAUUCCGGUCACAUCUUACGACAACACGUGGGCUCUGCACCAGAUCGAAGAGGGACACUUUGAGAUCCUGUCUCGCCAGCCUGCGACAGAUGCGGCGAAGAAGGGGCCUGCGAAGAACGAGCGCACCCUGCCUCGUGUCAUCACUCUGGGUGGUGACCACACCAUCACCCUACCCUUGCUGCGCUCUAUCAACCGUGCCUACGGUCCCGUGUCUGUCAUUCACUUCGACAGCCAUCUCGACACCUGGCGCCCCAAGGUCUUUGGCGGUUCUCCUUCAGAGGUCGCUAGCAUCAACCACGGCACGUACUUCUACCAUGCCGCCCAGGAGGGUCUGCUGCGCAACGACUCCAACAUCCACGCUGGUAUCCGCACGACGCUCAGCGGACCCAGUGACUACGAGAACGAUGGAUACUGCGGCUUCGAGAUUGUUGAGGCUCGCGAGAUUGACAAGAUCGGCACGGAUGGCAUUAUCAAGAAGAUCAUUGAGCGUGUCGGCACCAAGAACCCCGUCUACCUCUCUUUGGAUAUCGAUACCCUUGAUCCUGCUUUCGCUCCCGCUACCGGUACCCCUGAGACGGGCGGCUGGUCCACUCGCGAGCUCCGCACCAUCCUUCGUGGAUUGGAGGACCUGAACCUGAUUGCCGCUGAUAUCGUGGAGGUUGCUCCUGCCUACGAUACGAACGCCGAGCACACUACCAUGGCCGCCGCUGAUGCGCUCUACGAGAUUAUGAGUAUCAUGGUCAAGCGUGGCCCCCUCAGCGCCAUGGUUAACCAGACCGAGGUCUACGAGGAGCUCUGAGGAAGAAGCAUUGCAGCAUGAUCGCGAGGAGGAAACAAGACGGCUCUCCUGUAACGAAGGACAGGAGUUUAUAAGCAUUGUUGAUGGGAAGUGGUCCUCUUGUUGGUACAGGCGUUGUCGGAGGUUGGAGUUGCGACUGCAAAAGUUGGCGGACGUUGUUGUUCUAAGUUGCAAGUUGGAUGUAGUCAAUGAAUGAAUGGUUUUGGAUCUGGACAGUCUCCGUACCCAUC